AAUGCCUGAUUCGUAUAUCGUGCAUAAAACGCCUGAACGAUUCUGUUACGCAUUCGGAAGAAUACUAGAAGAGAAAUACUCUCAAGUUAGAUCAAAUACAUGGAUAACAGCAAUUACUUGUUUAUUAGAUGUUUUACAAGUCGGAAUACCCGUAUCUUUAAAAAAUCAAGCUGAGUUUGCGGGAAUGUGGAAGGCGUUAGCUCCCUGCUUGGAAAACUUUCUUUUUUGCCCCAAUGAGGCACCGUCUUCAUUAACAGCCGAAGAACAUGAAGAACAUGAAGCAUUGGAUGUUCGAGUUGUCAGUUUAUUGCGAGAUGAAGUGCUACCUCAUAGUGAUGCUGUGCCUAGACCAUUUCUUGUGCACGCAAUGAAUCUAUUAAAUAGAGGUUCUAUUCAUUCUGCUGCCCAAGGACCUUUUAUAGAUACAGAAUCGUCUAGAACAUUACGCGAAGAUUUCGCAAAGACUUGUUUUGAAACACUUUUGCAGUUUUCUUUCAUUAGCAAACAAGCAGCAUGGGCAGAGGGAUCCCUAACGAAAUUAGCCGUUUCCGCUCUCGUGCAACGUUGCCACGCUGUUCUUUGUAAGUACGUCGAAGAUGAAAGAUUGAGUGGAAAAUGUCCACUUCCUCGCGCAAGAACCUCAGAGAUGACGUCUGUGCUUAAGGCCAUUGCAACGCUUCUGGUGACUUUGAAAAAAUCGGAAGUUACUGAUGUGGAUGAGGAUAUUUGGCGGCAGGUGAUUGAUAUGUACCCGGUGUUGGUUGAUUGUACGAUUUCCACGUGCCCCAGAGUUUCUAAAGCCUUACGACAAGCGCUUCAGGAAUAUGGGGGACUACUUCAUCAUCCAACAAAAAAAUAA